AUGAUCUAUCUAUCUAUCUAUCUAUCUGUUUUUGUUCAUAAUCUAUCUAUAUCUAGCUUUCUGAGAAUUUUCACAUUUUCCUUUGUUCUAUCUAUCUAUCUAUCUAUCUAUCUAUCUAUCUAUCAGUCUGUUCUCAUCUAUCUCAGUCUAUUCAUGUCUAUCUCAGUUUAUUCAUAUCUGUCUAUCUAUCUAUAUUAUAUGAAUAACCUUUUGUUGACUUUUGUGUGUCCCACCUGUGUCCUACGUGUGUCCCACCUGUGUCCCACCUGUGAACCCACCUGUGUCCCACCUGUGUUCCACCUGUGUCCUACGCGUGUCCCACCUGUGUCCUACGUGUGUCCUACCUGUGUCCCACCUGUGUCCCACGCGUGUCCCACCUGUGUCCCACGCGUGUCCCACCUGUGCCCUACGUGUGUCCCACCUGUGUCCUACGUGUGUCCCACCUGUGUCCUACGUGUCCGAAGCGCGAUACGCUAUACUAUUUCAAUUUCAAAGUGCCAGAGAAAAAGGAAUAAAAACUUAAUCCUCCCCCUCUUUCUCCCCGUCUCUCUCCCACUCUCUCCCACUCGCUCGCUCUCUCUCUCUCACGAUCUAUAUCUCACACUCUCUUUCUUACUCUCUCUCACUCUCUCUCUCUAUCACUCUCUAUUUCUCGCUCUCUCUCACUCUCUCUCUCUUAUUAUCUCUCUCACUCUCUCUCAAACUCUCUCACUUUCUCUCACUCUCUAUUUCUCUCUCUCACUAUCUCUCUCACACUCUCUCACUCGCUCUCACUCUUUCUCUCACUCUCUCACUAUCGAUCUCUCUCACUCUCACUCUCACACUUUCUCACACUCUCUUUCUCACUCUCUCUCACUCUCUAUUUUUCGCUCUCUCACUAUAUCUUUCUCACUCUCUCAUUCUCUCUAA